AUGAGCUUCUGUGGCCUGGCAAAAGCCCAGAAGCCGGUGACCAGCGCCCUGGGCCUUGGUGAGGAGCUGUUGUCUGUUAUGAAAGUGCCAGAAUCUCGGCCGUGCCAAGUCAACAUGGCCCAUGGGCGAUUCCAGCACAAAACUCAAGGCCCUCCUGGACGGCGCGGCAAGGCUGGAAGAAGAGGCGACCCCGGUCCUCCCGGGCAAUCAGGACGAGAUGGCUACCCGGGGCCACUGGGUCUGGAUGGCAAGCCUGGACUUCCAGGCCCCAAAGGGGAAAAGGGUGCACCCGGAGACCUUGGCCCUCGGGGAGACCAAGGACGAGAUGGAGCUGCUGGGCCUCCAGGGCCCCCUGGACCCCCUGGGGCCCGGGGCCCUCCUGGAGACACAGGGAAAGAUGGCCCCAGGGGAGCAGAAGGCCCGGCGGGUCCCAAAGGAGAGACUGGACGGGACGGCGAGAUGGGCCUGAAGGGACCCCCAGGGCCCAAGGGUGAGCCUGGCAUUCCUGGAAAGAAGGGGGAUGAUGGGACACCAAGCCAGCCAGGGCUCCCUGGACCCCCAGGCCCCAAGGGUGAGCCAGGGAACGCGGGGCCUCGAGGAGAAAAUGGUGUGGACGGCGCCCCAGGGCCAAAGGGAGAGCCUGGCCCGCGAGGCGCCGAUGGAGUCUCAGGACUGCGGGGUCCCCAGGGCCUCAAGGGCGAGCAAGGAGACACAGUGGUGAUUGACUACGAUGGCCGGAUCCUGGAUGCCCUUAAGGGUCCUCCCGGGCCACAGGGGCCCCCAGGGCCACCUGGGAUCCCCGGAGCCAAGGGUGAGCUGGGAUUGCCUGGUGCUCCGGGAAUCGACGGAGAGAAGGGUCCCAAAGGAGCCAAAGGAGACCCGGGAGAGGCUGGGCCGACCGGACCCAAAGGGGAGGUGGGCGAGAUGGGCCUGUCGGGCCUCCCGGGCACCGAUGGUCCCAAGGGCGAGAAGGGAGAGUCGGCAUCUGACAGCCUACGGGAGAGCCUGGCCCAGAUCAUAGUGGCGCCAGGCCCCCCCGGCCCCCCUGGGCCCCCAGGCCCCAUGGGCCUUCAGGGAAUCCAGGGUCCCAAGGGCUUGGACGGAGCAAAGGGAGAGAAGGGUGUGUUGGGUGAGAGAGGCCCCAGCGGCCUGCCUGGGCCAGCUGGCCCUCCAGGCCUUAUCGGGCUGCCAGGAACCAAAGGAGAGAAGGGAAGACCUGGGGAGCCAGGACUAGAUGGGUUCCCUGGACCCCGAGGAGAGAAAGGUGACCGGAGCGAACGUGGAGAGAAGGGGGAGCGAGGCGUCCCGGGCCGGAAAGGCGUGAAGGGCCAGAAGGGUGAGCCGGGACCGCCGGGCCUGGAUCAGCCAUGUCCUGUGGGCCCCGAUGGGCUGCCCGUGCCUGGCUGUUGGCAUAAGACCUCCGAGCUCUCCUGGCGAGACAAGGCCAUUCAUGGCCCACUGUUGCCCCCUUGUGGCCUCGGACCGCGUAUCAUCAGGUCUGCAAAUUUCAACAAGCUUCAAAGUACAGAGCGGGUGGAGUCCUCCAAAAGCUUGGGUUGGUGGGGCAAAAGACUGGAGAAGAAUGAUGUGCUCAAGAUCCCAGCUGAGACUCGGGAUUUGUUCCCGGCCUCACAGCUGCGCCUCAAGGACUGA